AGCUGUCAUUUGAGUAUCGUCGACGCGCUAAGGCAGUUGUUUUUUUUUUUAAAUUUUAUCAAAGACAACUAUCGGUCGUGCGUUCAGUGAAUCUGGAUAUUAUCGUAAUUGUUUGUGUGUAGUUGCUAAGUGCUCUUUGUGAAGAAAUAUCGAGAAUAUACAGUGAUAGUUAAGAUGGAGGUGGAAAGCGCCAAUUGCAAGGUCCGUGUAUCUCAGUGCGACGACCUCGACAUGCUGGCCGUUGAACGACCCUUGAAAAUUGAUAUAGAGAUAAACGGUUUGGAGAUGUUGGUGCAAGAACUGCAUAACGUGUUCUCGAGGGACCAUGUUAACGUUCAAGACGUGCAGAAACUGAUGGCCGCUUAUAAAUCUGAACCCAAGGACUGGAAGAAAUACGCAAAGUUCGACAGAUUCCGAUAUACUAGGAAUUUGGUCGACGCUGGGAAUGGUGCUUUUAACAUAAUGGUUCUCUGUUGGGGGCCCGGUCAUGCAUCUGCUAUUCACGACCAUGCAGAUUCACAUUGCUUUAUGAAAAUUCUGAGCGGCAGCUUGGAGGAAGUAAGAUAUGAGUGGCCUAACAACGUCGAGCCAGAGGUUUUAAAAAAGCUAAAGACAAAGAAUUCAUGUUGUUCUGCCAACGAGAUUGCAACGGAUGACCGAACAAGCGAUUUAAUUUACAACUGUCAGAAUGACACGUGUCCCAAUUUCCGCGGAAAAAGUGACAGCAUGGAACAUAGCGAACAAGAUGGCGACCAAGAUUAUGACGCUAACAAAAUGGAGGAAAUAGGAAGAACAGCAUUAGAAGUUAACGACGUUUGUUAUAUUAAUGAUGCUUUAGGUCUACAUCGUAUGGAAAAUCCUUCAUAUGUGGAUGGUGCAGUAUCUCUUCACCUUUACUGUCCGCCUUUCGACAGUUGCCGAAUGUUUGACGCGAGAACAGGCAAGCCUACAGAUAUCAAAGUCACUUUCUGGUCCAUGUACGGGAAGAAGGUUAAACGAGUUAUCGAGGCAAAUGAUAUUGUAGAUAGUCAAGAAUAAUAUUUUUUUAUGUUUUUCAUUAUAAAACAUUAGCUAAGUAAAAAUAUCGGAGGAAUUAUACAUACGUCCAUGGAACAAAAUGACCAAAUUAUAAGAAUUAAAUUAAUUGUUUAGAAGGUUUAUGGUAGAUAUAAGUAGAUUUUUUUGUAAAUUUGAACGACUUUUGGUAGUAAAUUGUAAUUUUAUAGCAACACUGAUUACAUUGAUUUUAUUGGAUUGUAACAAAAGCUAUUGAUUGCGUCACAAAGUUUAAUAUUGUACAAUUAAAUCAUAUCGAGUCUUUAUUUUAGCAUUUUUAAAAAGUUUUAUA